CAGGCGUCGAUUUGUUGUCUUCUGACGCGGUGCCCACCAGGCUAAGGUAGUUCGCUGUGUACAACCCGGAGCCUAUCCUCGAGCAACACGGCAUCCGGCUAGACUAAUGAGCAAACUCAUGACCUCUGGGCCUUCCCAUCUCUCGUCCCUUUUGAUCUGGGAAUCGCAUCAUGGUAUGCUAUCGCCAUGUCGUCCGUCUUAGGCCGGCUGCCUGCUCUCAUCACAAUUCUAUUCUUGGCACUUGCCGUCAGUCAAGCCUUAUGCUUCAUUGCGGCAGAUGAUGAUUCCGAGGCCGAUCUGACCCGGUACAUGGCAAUACGGAGCGAUCCCGUCCCCGGUACACCCGCUUUACUCGGUCUUACGGAGCAUAUCUUCGGCGUUGGAAGACGGGACUGCCUCGCGAAUGGGACAAACUUUUGCUUCGACAAUAAUGUCGAUUCAUGUUCCGGUUGUGGGAAUUGCUGUCGUGACGGUGAUCGAAAGUACUGUUGUGCCGCUGGACGACCAUGUUGUGGAUCGGGAUGCUGUUUGGCUGGCCAGAUAUGUUCUCCCAAGGGGGGUUGCGUCUCGUCCGUGGAGACGGUGACGAUUACCAAGACUAUCUUUGAAACCACCACCCGAAUCGCAACACAGCGAGCUACCAUCCUUGUGGUCAAGAUCGAGUCUUCCACCGUUGUAUCGACAGUUGAUGUGACUGUCUCGAGCGCUGACACCCAGACCAACAUCGUCUGGAAGACUGUGACCAUCACUGCUCCUCCAGCCAAACGAUCUGCCGUGCUGCUGGAAGUGCCGCAUUCUAACAGAAACAACCAUCCAUUCAAGGUUCCGUCCAUCACCAGGCUCUUCAUCUCUCUGGUGCUUGAGAAAAACUCUUCAGGCAGUAGAAACAAACGGCGAGGAGGCGUUGGCGGACUUAUACCGAGACAAAAUCCUUCAACAAGCACCAUCACCAAGUUUGUCACAGAAAUCGCCGACGUCGUUAGUACGACCUCGACGACUGUCAUGGCUCAGACAACGUCAACCUUUGUGACGACAGUCUUUCAAACAAACACUCGAGUCCUCCACGCCCUCGCAACCGUUGUCGAGACCUCCACCCUUACCAUAACCUCCAGGCCCCCGGUAGUCCAAACAAUAACCACAACCGCCAGUCUAAUCCUCCCACCCCUUAUAACUUCUACCGAUGUUUCUUCUACACCAUCCACAGCUUCAUCACCAACCACCACCUCCACCCCAGCACGCUCUCAGUCACUCCCCACAACAACAAUAGCAGGCAUCGCAGCCGGCACCAGCGUCCUAGCCCUCGUUCUUGCGGGUCUAGUCAUCUUUUUCAUCCGCCGCCGCCGCUACCAAACCCAACGCCCAGCCUCGGCCCUCUUCCCCUUUGACCCCAACGAUCCCGAGCAUGACUACCAAAAGACGAUUCCCACGACAACCGUCACAGCGGAACCGACUCUACCGAGGAUAUUACCUCACUUUGCCCCAGCAGCACCGGCUCAUCACCACUCCCAGCCACCUGCUCUGACACCAGCGUAUCAAUAUCCGCCGCAGGACCAGCAGCAGCAGCACAGGAGGAACAGCUCGGGGUUCACGACGCUGGUGGGGACGCCGCCUGGGAGCACGGGGAGUAGUAGUGCUGUUCUUGCCAAAGGUAAGGCAAAGGAGUACAGAAAAUCAGGCUCGUCGUCGUCACCGCCGCCGAUUGCUGAGGUUCAGGGGAGUGAGGUGCCUGUUGAGGGGGCGGUGGAGGUAGAGGGGAGUCCAGUUGGUUGUUCUGGGUCUGGAUCGAGGAAUGGGGGGGGAAGGGGGUCGAUGGGUUGAGUUUUUUCUUUCUCUUUUUCUUGGAUAUAAAAGGGGUUGGUUCGCUGCCUGGUGCAGAGAUUAGGAGUGUGAGACUGUGGGGGGAUUGAUUGUUUUUGUUUUGUUUGCUUUGGAUUUUUGUUUGGGGCUUGGAUGAUACCACUUUUUCGCUCGCUUUGUUGAUGGUUUAAAUGGUAAAAAUGAGGGGAAUAUGGGAAAAGUCUACAAGGAUUUUUAUCAGGGUUAUUAUUAUGGUAUUGAUACCAUUGGUUAAUAUUGGAGAGAUGGGGGUCUGCUAUCUAUGAGUUUAUGAUGUCGCAUUGUCAAAUAGGAAGGUUUUAUCGAGAUGUAGCUGCUUGGGCUAGGUUGGUGGAAUACGUUCGCUAAUAUUCAGC